UCACAUCAUGCAUACAAAUUUUGCAUCACCAGUCAUUCUUAUCUGGCGUCUUUACGUCCUAUCCAACAAAUCCAAGCUCCUACUCUAUGGCCUACUGGGGGUGUUCCUACCUAUCAUCGCGCUCUAUGUAGGGAUGGAUAUUUUUUUAUACAGUCGACCUUCAGCGUUCUCAGUGAAAGAAUUAGUAACUGAGAACUUCACGUACUGCGCGAUUUCCUUCAACAUGGGACCUAUGCCUGCAACAUAUGCUUCCAUCCCCGUCAUAUGCUUCGAUAUCUUCCUAGUUAUUCUCGCAGCUGCCAUCCUCGUGAAACACAUAAAAGGACGGAGGGAAAUGAGAAUGAAGCCUAACACCUACGUGUUGAUGAUCGUGCGAUAUCAUAUCCUAUACUUUGUCCUAAAUUUGGCAACUCAAAUAUUCCUGGUGAUAGUAUGGGCCAACCUUCCGAUAGCGGCAUCGAGUCUGCUAUUUCUCUUCAAUGAUACCGCACCAUUUAUUAUCGCGCCCCGUCUCUUCAUUAGCAUCUGGGAUACGCAUGCCAACAGCAGCUGCACACGUGUCAGUAGGACAUUCGCAGAUUGUGAAUGCUUGACCACGGCAGAUGAGUACGAGAUGGACAGUGCAUGAAAGGCUUUUGUUAUGUCAACGGUCGAGCACUCAUUGUCAUGAUUGACGCGGGUCAAAUUUGUUCCCACUUCGGUGAUAUUUACAUACCAUGUACAU